AUUUGGCUUUUGAAUGGUAUUUAAAAUCAGCUAUUGCUGAACAUAACUGUAUUAUUCAUACAAAAUUUUUCCGAUGGAUAAAAUACGAUAAUUUUAGAAAUAUUGAAGAAGUAGGUAAAGGAGGAUUUUCUGUAGUGUAUAAAACGUCUUAUGAAUUGGAUGAAGUUGCAAUCAAGAUAAUAAAAGAUUCACAUAAAAAUAAAAAAGUUUUUUUAAAUGAGAAUUCAUGA